AUGUCCAUAGCCGCUCUUAUCCUCCUCCACGCCGUCAGCACGGCCGUCUACAACAUCUACUUCCACCCCCUCUCCGCCUACCCCGGCCCCAUCUCCGCCGCCUGCACGAACCUAACCUACUGGUCCGCCAACGUCACGGGCGACCUCCUCCCCUGGAUCCAAUCCGUCCACCGCCAAUACGGCGAGGUCGUGCGGCUCGGCCCCAACACGCUCAGCUACACCAACCCCGACGCAUGGAAAGACAUCUACGGGCACCCCCGCAGCAACAAGCGCUCCGGCGGCGGCGGCGGCGGCACCAACUCCAAAGACAUGCUGCACUACCCCGCGGGCCUCAACGGGCGCCACGCCCUCAACGCCCUUCACUCGGACGCCGAGCACGCCCGCGUCCGCCGCCUCUUCUCCCCCGCCUUUUCGGAAAAAGCCCUCAAAGACCAAGAACCGCUCCUCGCCACCUACGCCUCCCGCCUCGUCGCCCACAUCCGCAACAACACCAACACCGACACCGGGACCCCCCUCGACCUCGCCAAACUCCUCACCUGCACAACAAUGGACAUCAUGUCGACCCUCUCCUUCGGCUCGCCGCUCGGCCUGCUCCCACCAGUCCCGGUCCCGCGAUCCGACGGUACCGACCAUGACCGCGACCGCGGUACUGCCAGUGCCGAGUACACGCCCUGGGUCGCCGCCAUCUUCGCGUCCACCAAGGCGGCCGACCUGUCGCGGCUGACGCUCGAGUACCCGUUGCUCGGCCUCCUCGCCGCGCGCCUCACCCCGCGCCGGCUGCGCGACGAGCAGCGCUUGCACUUUCAAGCCGCGGCGGACAGGGUCGAUCGGCGGGUGGAGAGGGGUGCUGGCGAAGCGGACGACGGGCGGGCGGAAGGGCACGGGCACGGGCAGGUCGACAUGUGGAGCUAUGUGCUGGAUGGGCGGGGGCGGGGGCGCGAAGGCAGCAGCGGCGGGGGCGGCGGCGAUGGGCACGAGCCCGGACCCGGGCUGGAUCGCGAAGACAUGUACGUGAACGCGUCGGUGUUCAUGCUGGCGGGGUCGGAGACGACGGCGACGGCGCUGAGCGGGCUGGUGUGGUUCCUGUGCCGGGACGCGGCGGCGAUGGGCCGGGCGUGCGGGGAGGUGCGCGCCGCGUUUCCUGGGGGGAAAGAGGGCGAGGCGGAGAUGACGUUGGCGAGUGUGCGGGAGCUGGCGUACUUGGGGGCGUGUGUCAAGGAGGCGUUGAGGCUGUAUCCGCCGCUGCCGAUCGGGCCGCCGAGGGCGGUGCAUCCGGACGGGAAUGUGGUGUGUGGGAGGUGGGUGCCGGGGAAGACUCGCGUGGCGGUUGCGCAGUAUACUGCGUACCGGUCGCCGCUUUACUUCAAGGAUGCCGAGAAGUUUGUGCCGGAACGCUGGCUGCCCGGUACGGGAUACGAGGGGGAUAGGAGGGACGUGAUGCAAGCCUUCUCGUAUGGGCCACGCAAUUGCAUAGGCAAAAGCCUUGCUUACCAUGAAAUGCGCCUCAUCUUGGCUAAGCUGUUGUGGAACUUCGAUUUCGAGCUCUGUCCCGAGAGCGAUGGGUGGAUCAAUCAGAAGUGCUACACUCUGUGGCAAAAGGACCCGUUGUGGGUGAAGGCCAGACCGAUACGUUGA